AUGGUAUUUGGAAUUUCUACAAGAAAGGAACGAAGAGUUCCUGAUCUUUCACGUUAUGAUUACUACUAUCAAAAUAAAGGAGAUUAUAAUACAAGCAACGAUAUCUCUAUAGAUGCAGCUUACUCAGUGGCUACUGGCCAUGCUCCAGGAAAUGAAUAUUCUAAACCUAGAAGUAUUCCAAGUACUACUAGAACAAGAUCAAUGGUAAAUUUACAGCAAAAUAUGAGAAAUAAUAACAAUGUCAAUGCCAAUAACAAUAACAGAAGAGGUUCACAUUCUUCAAACUUGCAAAAUUAUAAAUUGAAAAAUUCCAGUAAUGGAGGAAGAAGUUACUCAUUAAGAUCACAGGCAAGCUCUGAUACCCUAGGGGCAAAUAGACUGAACUCAAUUACUUCAACUAGAAGAGGUUCUGCUCCAAAGGCCAAAAUAUCAAACACAGCAAACGGUAAUAGUUCAAGAGCAAAUUCUAUCACCGUACAGACUACAGAAGUUAAAGACCCUCAUGGAAAAACACAAUCAAUAACAAGGAAAACUAUUAAAAGAGUAAAUGGUUAUGAAUACGUCGAAACAACCACUACUACAACACAAACAAUCAAGUCACCAUUACAAAUGUCUGAUGCCGAUAGACAUUUCGAUGAAUUCAGUGAUAACUUCAUUCAGGAUGAACCAAUUUCAGAAAUUUUAGAAGAAGAGGAGUUCGAUAUGACCCCAGAGAUUGCGCAAAAUGGAGAAUUCGAAAGUUCUGACAAACAUGUCCAUGGGUAUAGAGCUUUAGUGUCCCCAGUUCCACCACUUGCGAAUGAACAAAAUGGUAUAAUUCCUUUAGAUGAUACUAGUAGUAUAUCAAAAUUUACGGAUGCAGAAGAAUUAGAAACUGCCCCUAAUAAGAUGAAGAGAUCGGUAAAGCAAAAGAAGAGGGCACCAAGGGAUAAACGUAGUAGUCUAAGAAAGAGUCAUGCACCUUCUGUUAGAAACUCUACUCAUGAAGUUAAACAAAGAACACCAAAUGCGAGACAGUCAACAGUUAUACCCGAGCCUCAACACAAUCAACCAUUGACUGAAGAAGAAAUGUAUGCUAGAGCUUACGAAAUCGCUAGCAAGAAAGUAUACCAAAAUAGAAUGCCAGGCACUGAAAAUGUUGGUGACAAUAAGAGCCACAUGAGCAACAGAAUGUCUUUGAGAGGUAAUGCAGGUACAAACGCUGGAACGAACAAACUUAAUUUAUCUCAAAAGAGGGGUUCAUCAAUGCCUGCUGCUAAUAACGUUUUACACAGUAAGUCAGUCCCAACUUCGAGUAAUAAGUUUGGAAGUAAUCAACCAAAGGUCAAUACAUCUCAAAGAGGUAGUGCUGUUGUGGGUGGUGUCCCAAGUACUACAUCUCCAAUGUCAGAUGAAGAAAUGUAUAGUAGAGCUUUAGAAAUUGCACAAAAGAGGUACGAUGAAUCUCAUCAAUUUACAAACGCCAUUCCAUUAAAAACUCCUGUUAAAAAUGUAUCGGGUAUGCCAGUGGCUAAUUCAGUUCCUGCAACAAUGAAUAGACCUCCUGCUAAUGAGCAGAAUAUUCCAUCACAAGUGGUUGAGAAUAUUGUACCAACAACAAGUGAAGCAGAAACAAAUUCAAAUCAUAAAUUCUUGGGACUUCGUAAAGUUUCUACAGCUAGUAUUGGUGGUGGAAAGGUUGCUGGCGAACAAAUAUCAAAAGUUUCAACCGAACCUCAUCCUAAUGGGAAAUUUAAAUUCAAGAAUGUUAUUGAUAAAGUUGUUCAAUUUUCAAAUGAGAACAGUGGAUAUCAGCCAUCGAAAAAAGAACUAUUAGAGUAUGAAAAAGGUGAAGGUGAGAAACAACUAGAUGUCCUAGAGAACAAAGGGGUGGAUAUUGUAGACGAAGUGGUUUCCCCUCAAGGAAUUGAAGUGACACCAGGACACGUUUUCAAUGCUACUGAGAUUACUAGCAAAACAAGUAAUGUCAUUUCUGAUGAAAUAUCUCCAUCAGAUAAACUAGCAAGUAUUCCAAGUGAUUUUGAUCGUACUAGUGACAACGUUAUACGACAAGUUAGCACAAAAGAAUCAUCAACAGGCCAUAGUUUCAAAGCGUCAUCCAAGAAUGCCAACCUCUCUGGCUCUCAAGGGAACAGUUUAUUUGGCGGCAUUAGUAACAAUUUUGGUGGGGAGGAGAUGAUUGUCGAGGAACCUGUUGCUAGCGUUCCUGAGGUGAUUACACCUAAUCCAAUGGUUGAUUUAAGUAGACAUGUUACAGGUGGACAAUCUAUUAAUGAACAAAUACAAGCUGGCAAUAUCUCAUCAAGACGUAAACACAGCGUUACACCGGUUGGUAAUGCAGAUGAAAUUGAAGUCAGUAAGAAUUCGAUGUCGGGGAGUGGGGUUGGUGACAAGAAACCAAAGAAGAAGGGAUUUUUUGAAAAAUUGUUCAAAAGAUAA